AUGAACAGCGUUUUCCUCGCUCUCGCCCUCGGGCUGGCCGCCCCGGUCGCGGCCGAGUGCCCCAACGCCUGCAGCGGCCACGGCACCUGCGGCGCCUUCGACGAGUGCCACUGCUUCCCGAGCUGGCAGGAGGCCGACUGCAGCGGGCGCACGUGCCCCUUCGCGCUCGCCCACGUCGACUCCCCCAAGGGCGACCUCGACGGUUCGGCGGACGCCCUGAGCGGGCGCACGACGACCGUGAUCGAGGGCAACACGGUCUACCCGUACGGCACGACGGAGCAGUACCCGCUCAUGGUCGACACGUUCGGCCGCGAGCUCAUCAACACCGCGCACGCGUACGCCGAGUGCGGCAACAAGGGCCUCUGCGACCGCAAGAGCGGCGAGUGCGAGUGCUUCCCCGGCUACGAGGGCGCGGGCUGCCAGCGCGCGUCGUGCGGCGACCCGACGUGCAGCGGCCACGGCACGUGCAUGUCGGCCAAGGACCUGGCCAAGGCGGACCACGACAACCGCUACCGCCUCUGGGACAAGGACGUGUCCAUGGGCUGCAAGUGCGAGCCGGGCUUCACGGGCCCG